GGUAAAUCCUACAGCCCCACAUUUACAACAUAUGUUCUUAUCAUGAUCAUAAUGCAUCGAGCGAGGGCAUAAAUUUAGUGUUGUAUUCCUCCAUUCUAUUUGUUGAAAAAUGUUUAUUGGAGGACGGGAAUGCGGGAUGCAGUGCCUUAGUGAGAGAGACAGCAAGUACAUAGAGAGAUACAAUAGGCUGCCAAUAGAGAUUCAUCUCUUCUGCUCUAAUUCACCUGCAGUGGAACAGCAAAGGUCGAUAUAGCCUGUCCUUCUCUCUCUUCGUUCCCUCUCUACCUAUCUCCACCUCACACACAAACAAGCGCCGUGGUCGUGAGCUUCACAUGCGUCGCUCCUCUCGCCAGCGAUCGGUCACCUGGCUGCUCCCUCCGCCGUUGGGAAGAAGAGGAGAGGAAUGUGCGCGCCGCGGCCGCCUGGAAAUGAUUUCGUUUUGGCUGCUUUGCUGGAAGCUGUUGCGAGCUACAGCUGGGUUUAGGAGGACAUUACCUGAACAUACCGACGAAAACCACCACAACAAUCCCUCCUGCAACAAAAAUCUUUCCAGUGACUCUCCUACACUUGCACACCCACAGAAUCCAGUUGUCAUGGAGAUCAGUCCCUUGUGUACAGUAACAGACCUGGAGAAAGAUAACUUAUUUAGCUGUGACAGCCAGGAGUCGCAGGAACUCCCAAAUCAAGAUGUUCAAGUAGUGGAAGAAGCUGCAAAAGAUGAAAAUGAGAAAAGGGAUGAAUGUGACUACCUUGUUUUUGAAACUAAAGUAGAGAGAGAGGCACAGGAGGACAGUGAAAGAGAAGAGGAAGAUGGCAGUAGAGGAGAAAUUGAGAGAGAAUAUGAAAGAAGAAGGGAAGUAGGAGGAGAGGAAGAUGGAAAAGGAAAAGUACACAGAGAUAUUCAACAAAGGAGAGAAACAGAAAUGGAAGUAGAACAAAGACGGAAAGUAGAGGAGGAAGGCAAAAAAAAAGAAGAAUUAGAAACUGAUGACCUGGGGAAAAGACAAAUUGAGGGAGAGGAUGAAGACAGAGAAGGUACAAAUGAAGCUAAAAUAUGUAUAACAGGAAUUCUGGGAGAAAUGAAGCAAGAUGCUUCAUCAGAUCAGAUUUUCAUCAGUGAAGAUUCCCAAGGUUUAUUAUCUAAGCCCCCAGUCAUCACUUCAGAUCCACCAGCUUCCACACUGCAGGAGGCCUGGAGCCAUGACUUAGACAACAGAGAUGAUGUCAGUGAUGGCCACCUCAGUGACUGCCUCCAGGCAGAUCUGGCUGUCGUGUACUCAGACAGUGAUGCUGGGGAGGACCAAUGGCCAGCCUUAGCAUCCUGUGAUGAGACUGACCAUUCAAAAGGAAACAGAGCAAAUGCAGCUGACACGUGUAAUGCAGAGAGCAUGAAGGAGAAUGGAAGAAUGGAAGAAAUACAGACUGGAGUCAGAAUGUUUAAAGAGGGGGAAAUGGAUGAGCAAAAAGAGAAGAAGAGUGGAGUCAUGGAGGGCAGUGAGGAACAAAUGAAUUCAAGAAGAGAUAUUUUCUUGCGCUCUCCUUCAGUGAGCUCGACAGCCAGCUCAACUGACCCUGACAGGAGGGUUCCUUCAGAUUUGUGUGUGCAACAGGAGAGCCUUAGUGAGAAUGUUUCCAUUGAGCAUGUGGACUUUUUGGUUGCUCGCCAGCAGUGGAGGAAGAUGGAGGAGGAAGUCAAAGGUCUGCCCAUCCCUAAACCAGGACUGGGAGCUAAAGGAAGCUUCCAGGGCACCCACUCUUCACUGUACCCCCCCACUCGCAGCCCCCGCCUCAAACAUAGGGAAAUUCAAUCCCCCAUGUCCAAAGAACCUCCUCUUUCCUCCACCCUGUCCCCUGGUUCUGAGGACUCAGGCUUGGAUGACUCUUCAUUUCGCAGCCCUCCGGAGGAGCCAGAAAGUGCUGUGGAGAGGGAGAUCCGACUGACAUUAGAAAGAGAGGAACAGCACCGACAGGAGAGGAGAAUGAUUGCACAGGGCCUCACAGUACCGAGAAUAUCCACCCUGGGGACACGACAACCUGUAUCCAGAUCUACAGUCUGCCGCACUCCUACUCUAUCCAUUUCACCUUCCCCUUUCUGCUCCUCCUCUCUCAAUCGAUCAUUAUAUCAUGAAAUGACAGCCAAUAACGUCAUCAUUCUUGAACCAGAUGCCUCUGGCUCCAGCUCCAGGAACCGCCUUCUCUCCUCUACGAUCGGUAGCCUCUCUGAUUGGUCUGCCAGCCUUGAUAGGGCAGCCUCAGCAAGUGUUAUUGUGGUGGAGACCUCCAAUUUGAUAAUUCGCAGUGCUUCAGAGUUUUGCCUGAGCUCCGGGCCACCGCCUGUAGAGACGCAGGAGAGCACUUUUUCUUCUAAUCCAUUUUUUAAGUUGCGUUCAAUCAGCAGCCAGUCUCUUGUGGAGCAGGAGAUCAAGAUAGUGAAGCAGAGAGAGGAGGAGUGGAGGAGACAAAGGGAGGAAAUUUGGAGUAGAAAAAGGGAGGAAGAGUGGUGGAGAGGGAGAGAGAGGUAUGACACUGUGCUGGUGUCACCAAGCCUAAACAAAAACAUCACUUUUGGUGUGCCCGUGGUUCCAGUCAGAUCAGUCUCCUCCCCGUCGUCACCCUCCAGAUCACGCAAAAUGGAUCGCUCUAGUUUGUCUUAUGACCACAAGUUUUUUAGAUGAAUUUCCCCCUCCCUCCAGUUUCCCCUUUCCCUGUCUUCAGUGCCACAUCGUCAGAAUGCCAUGGCGCAGCGCUGGGAGGCCUCACUUUUAGCCAAUCAAAAGAAGGAGUAAGUAGGAAGAGUUUUUAUAUGUCCCGCCUUUUAAAGCCAAAAUGGAAUCCUGCUCUGAUUUUGUCAACCAGCAGCAAAUGUUAGUGUCAAUAUAUUAGCUACAUGUUAAAACCUAAUAUGAAUGAAAUGUCUAUUUGUUACUAAAUGCCAUAAGGGCAAAGCAAUGGAUGGUGGCUUUCUGUUAGCUUGAUUUAAAAGACAAUGGCUAUUUACCUGUGUUUGCUUUCCAGAAAGUCUGUGUAGCAGGAAAAUACUUAUAACGUCAUGUAAUGCUGGAUGAUGUGUACAAGUCUGACACACUGUAAUAUUGCUUUAUUGUCAUAUUUAACAUCCAUUCCCAACAGGAUAUCAACAGAGCCGGCCCAAGGUUAUAUAAGACCACAUUUAAUUUGGGGGCCUUCCAGUUACCAUCACUCACCACAGCUUAUUAUGUGUUCUACAUUCCAUGCUUGAACAUUUAUACAUAGUAUUUAUUUUUUCAAUUUGGUAUAGCCCUGAAAAUUAAUGGAAACAUGUACCACAAUAAGGAAAACUGUGCAAAACUGCUGCAAUUGUUUGCAUGUUUUAAAAUGUUUUGUCAAAACAAAAUAAAAUAUUUAAAAUAAACAUUACAAGAACUCUCAAAUUAGAACAAGACUGUAGGUUGAAAACAUUUUUAAAAACUGAAUUUUGUGGUUCAUUUACUUUUUUGUUGUACAUUUACACUUGUAAAAAAUGACAAAUCAAGAUAAUAAAAAAAAGGCUUCCUGGUUGCAUUCUUUGUCUAAUACACCCUGACAGUCAAAUUAUUAAAAACAGUUUCCAGUUUUUCAUAGAAAUUGGACCUUGCUGCAGGCUAAUGAAGCUUGUGCCUUCAUAUUAAAGUAGUUGAUUUUUUUAAAUAGGUAAUGUUUUCCAAUUCCUAACAGACAAUUUGGUUGAUAAAAAAAAACCACACAUCUCAUCUUAAAGUAAAUCAAACACAGUUUGGUCAGACCAAAGCCUCUGCUUAGGGAGAUAUUAAUGAGCACAGACAUUAUUUAAAGAGUGCUCUUUCUAGCCACAUUAUUUUUUUUAAGAAAUUGAAUAAGUUAUCAGCUUUUCUUAGGGGGAUCUGCCUAGAUUGGGGGAACCAGGCAGGUGCUUAAUUUGCUUAUGCCUUGGCCCGGCUCUGUAUUUUACUAUUUACUGUAUAUUGGUUGUAAACUUGUAUUCCUAACUUCUUCUGCAUUAUGUACACUUGUGGGUUUCUUCUCUUUAAUAGCUACCAACCAUUUAUUAGACUGUGUUUCGGUUAUAUAUUGAACACAAUUUUCUGUUAUGCAGUGGUUUUCAAAUGUCGGCUUAGUAGUCACAGUUUUGAUUUUAAGUUAAUUUUCUGUUUACCAGAACCAUAGUUAUGCGGGGAUUUGAUUUGCAGAAAGAGACUAGCAUAUUAUAUUAUUUUACAUUUUUUUAAUUGUAUUUUAAGUAUCAGACUUUGAAAUUUAAUAUCGUUAUGAAAUAUUAAUAUCCCAGAACCACUGAUCAACAGAGUUUGUUCCAGGUUUUUUCCUAUUGUUCGUUGAAUAAAACUGGUUGCUGAAGCAUUUCAUCUAUAGUUGCUCAGACACCACUUUCCAUAGUUCUAAUCAACAACACAUCCAGAUUUAAGGACUGUUUUUGUGUGCUUCCUGAAACAAAUGACAAUGUUUUUUAUUAGCAUAAUCACAAAAUGAUCAGGUGUAAACUAACAAGGUUUUUUAAAUUAUUGCCUAAACUGCUAGUUCAGCCUAAGCUUGCUAGUGCCACACACAGACAUAUUAAAGAUGGUAAAAAACUGAUUCUAUUGAGAAAUUUGGUCUUUCAGCAUGAUAAUUGUUAAGGCAAAAAAGAAAAACAAUCAAAGAGAUGUUUGAAAAAUGUGGGAAGACAUUGUGACCUAUCUGAACACUUUUGCUUUUAAACUGUUAACAUGAUGCUGUGUUCCUAUAAAAGAGAUUUAAUGUAUUUUUGAUGCAUAUAUUUGUUAAUGCCUAUGAAUCCUUCAAUGCAUUUCAGUUGAAAAAGACUUAUUAUAAGCCAAUCAGUGAGGUUUGACAAUGUUAGGUCUGGUAUGUUUAUUAUGAGAAUUUAUUGUACAAUGUGUGCUAGUGCUCAUCUGGUCCCCAUCUUACUCUAGUUUGCUUUCUGAAUCUCCAAAACGAGAGUACCCACACAAGU